AUGGAUGUCUCCAAUGUUGCUGCUUCCAUGCCGGCCUAUCAAGUCUCCAUCCUAGAUAUCUUCUUUCCUGGCCUUACCGGCAUCUUGGCCGUGGCAAAUGGACUAUCAACGGGACAACUGAACAGCUAUGCACGUCUGCUUUUUGUUGGUGGUUUCUGCAUCUUCCUUGCCAGAUACUUUUACGGGUAUAUCAACGACUUGGUGGAUCGCCACUUCAUGUCCACAAUCCACGUAUCGUACUAUAAUGAAGCCUUCGACAUGCUCAUUAAUUGGAUAUCUGAACAACAUUUCGCCCAAAAUACACGAACGUCUUUGGCCAGUGUUGGUGCAAAGCACCGACGAGGAUUUUUCGACAACGCUAACGGAGACAAGAAGUCGUUGUCAUUCACACCGUGGAAUACAUCGAUUAGCUUCAUAUACAAAAAUCACCUCAUCAAGUUCAGCCGUACUCAAAAAGAUGGCCGUUCUAGUGAAGAAGAGAUUGUUGUCUCUUGUGUUGGUCGAUCUCCAACGAUCUUGAAAGAACUCUUUCAGGAGUGUCGAGCCGAAUACCUCAAGAAAAUCGAAAAAAAGACUACCGUGUUCGACCAUCAAGGGGGAGAAUGGAGAAAAACCAAGUCGAGAGAAAUCCGGCCACUGUCCACUAUCCUCAUGGACGAGGAAGAAAAACAAAUGCUGGUGAACGAUGUAGACAACUUUUUGGAUCCAAGAACCCGGGGCUGGUAUGCGCGGCGGGGCAUCCCCUAUCGCAGGGGAUUUCUUCUGUACGGGCCUCCCGGGACUGGGAAAUCCAGCUUAAGUUUGUCCAUUGCGGGACGGUUCGACCUGGACAUAUAUGUUCUCAAUCUUUCUGCUGUUGAUGACAGUAAGCUGAGCAGUUUGUUCUCCGAGCUCCCGUCUCAUUGCGUUGUGCUCCUGGAAGAUGUUGACGCAGCCGGUACAACACGAGCUGAAAAAACCACCGAAAAAACUACAGAUCAGAGUGUCGCCAAGCUCCAGGGGCUGACUCUCUCCGGUUUGCUAAACGCAAUAGAUGGCGUCUCUUCGCAGGAAGGCCGGGUAUUGAUAAUGACUACUAAUCAUAUUGAGCACUUGGAUGCGGCGCUGAUCCGACCUGGGCGUGUGGACAGGAAGAUUUUUUUCCGACUUACUAAUAAGGACAUGAACGCUCGGCUCUUCUGCACCAUUUUCAAACAAUCAGCGGAAGACCAACACAUACCAAAAGAAGACAUCGGCGAAGAAAAUGUCGAACGACUUGCAAUUGAGUUUGCUGGAAAGGUACCAGAAAAUGUGUUCAGUCCAGCUGAAGUCCUUUCGUUUUUACUGGAGAAUAAGCGAUCUCCAGUCAAUGCUGUUGCUAAUGUGGAGAAAUGGGCAAAGAGUGGUCAGGCUAGAGGUAAAGACCUGAGAAGAGAAUUGUCGUGGAUAAGCGAUUCGUCUUAG